AGUAAUGAAGAUGAAGCUGUGGAUAUUGGAGCUCAGCUUGCUGCGACUGUUUUACUGCUGAUCACACAGACUUCCUGUAAGAGUCUCGGAGACUUGAGGAGGUAAACAAGCGGUUGUCCAGAAGAUGGCGGCGGAGAGUCGCUCGGAGUAUGAGGAGGGUCGCCCGGGGUGUGAGGAGGGUGGCUCGGUGUGUGUUGGCGGUUUGCCCGCUGAUAUGGAGCAGGAGCGGCUGGCUGAUAAGCUUCUCAUUCAUUUUCUUCGCUCCAGAAACGGUGGAGGAGAGAUCACAUCAGUUAACAUUAAAGAAGUUAACCGGAGUGCCGUGAUCACUUUUGAAGACAGCAAAGUUGCCCUCAAUGUGCUCAGUCAUUGCCCACACAUCUUGAAGGUGGACGGCAAGGAAUACAAGCUUUCUCUUAGUGUUCCAGGGCAAGAGUCAUCACUUCUGAAUAAGGUAAUCCUUGAUAUGUCUGUGACCAUUGACUGCAGUCAGCUUCCUCUGGGUGAAGAGACUGUCCGAAACCUCUGUAAGAAAUAUCCAGACCUUCGUGUCAAGUUCAUCAAACCUCAGAGGCACUGCACCUUACGUGGGCUCCACUCAGAGAUCCAGGCUGUUUUGUCUCAUCUGGUGGAGCUCCUUAGAGACAUUGACCCUCAAGGGGCAGCAUGUUCAUCCUCAGGAAAAGACAAAAGAGUAGGUUCAGGCAGUUUAAAAGAGCAAGAAGAAUCCAGACCACCAGACUCACUCCACGGACUUCAAGUUGGUGAACUGGGUUCACUGUAUCAUGAAGCCAAGUCUUCUGAGAUUUUGCCUCAGAAAUCAGGUGAAGAAGGGAACUCCAUGGAUCUGCCAUGGGAACAGGAGCACUUUCCCUCUUCUGGGGACAUAAAAGGCUGGAUCGAAGAAGCAGAUGCAGAGACUCAGUCCCUAAUCAUGGAGGCUGAUGUGUUUGCGUACCUGAGCAGUAAGAGUGAGCGAUACAAGCAUAUACUCCUCAUUCAUGGGGUGCGUGUGGUGGAUGCAACAUCUGAUGGAGUUACCACACUGUACCUGCAGUCAGAUUCAUUGGCCAGGACAAGGUCAGAGGCGGCAAAACACAUGAAUCAAGCCAGCAAAGAACUUAGUCAACUCUACCAGCAACUGGAGGGUAAUCUGAGAAGAGCCCAGGUUCUGAGGAGCAUGGUUGGACUAGAAGGAGGGGACACUAAUGCAUUUAAAGAAUUACAGUCUUUACUGCCAAAGGUGUUGCUCACCUCUGAUCAGACUUACCUAUACAUUGUAGGUGAGAGCAGUGAAGUCUCUCAGGCAAAACAGAUGCUUCUUCUUGGUUCAGGGAAUGGCCAAGAGUUGAGCCCUGUAGCAAAACCUUCUUGCCCAGACGCAAGACAAGGAAGCUCAUUUUCAUCAACCCUGUCAAACUGCUACACCUCAACAUCUGAUGAAGAAGCAACACAAAUGUAUGAAAAAAGGGUAGGAUCCAGAACAGCAGUCCUUAAAACAAACGUUUCAAGUACUGAACAAAAGGCGAGAGGUACUGAAGGAUAUAAACUGGCAGCUCGAUUCAAGAACUCUGAACUGGGAUUACCAGGGUUCCACCUCGGAGAAAGAGGGAGAAGUAAAGAGCUCCGAGAGUUAACCACAACCUCGAACAGGUUAACAUUGGCAUCAAACUUUGAGCCAUUGCCCCCCUUAAAGUAUUCCCUAGGUUCUGCAGGUGCAUUAAGUGGGGACCAGGCUGGGGGUUCUCUGGUUGGUCCCCUCAGAGUGACAAGUGCACUGCACUCAGAAGAUAUCUUAUUCAACAACGUGGAGCCCUUUGGAAGUCCGUUCAAAGCUAGUGGAUCACUGUCAUCCAAAGUUAGUGGAAUAAAUUCCACAGAGUUCACCUCCACAUUUACACCUGGAGUCAAAACUACACCCAGUAUCUCUCAGAAUGUCCUUGCAGCACUUGACACACCUACACAAUCUGCAUAUCCAUCCACCGCCAGGACUUCCUUAAAAAGGUCAAGCAGUUUCUCUGGACGGCCUUCCCCAAAACUGGGUACACAGAAGACUGGGAUCACUGAAAGAUCAAGACCUGCCACUGGAAUGACAGAAAAACAGGCAAAAUCCAGUAGUCUUACAAAUUCCUACACUGUGUCAGAAGAAGUCAUAGUGCCUUCUGUGAUGUGGAAUUACAUCAAAGAGGCCUAUCGCUCCCGAUUGGAUGCCAUGAUCUCUGAUCUGCAAGUGACAGAGAUCCUCUCAGACAAGGACAAGGUCAGGGUUAUUUUGAAGGGACCAGAGUCAUCCGAAGUGGAGGAAUGUAGGAGUAAGCUUCAGAGGUUCAUAGCUAUGAUAGAUACAGACUUUUACAUUCAAGAGCAUCAACUGGCAGAUCUUUGUGUGUCCGAAAGCAGUGAGGCAUUCAAGACAUGCUGCUCAAACAUUCGCUCACGCUUCAGCAAAAUCUCAGUGCAGAGCACAAAGGACACUGUCCUGCUGAUCGGUCCAAAAUCGCUGUGCUUGCAGGCCACUGAAAUGUUAAAAGAAGUGUUUUUUCAUGAAGUGCUGAGUUCUGUACCUCCAGUGAAUAGCCUCACCCCUCAGGAACCUAUAGCUGAAGGUGAGGUCAAUGAUUUGGCUGACCAGAUGAGACCAAAUGAGACCAAAGCUUACACGGAAGGUUUGGAAGCAUCCAGACGUAAAAGUUCCCAAUCUGAGGCUUGGACUGUGAGUUUUAACCAGUCACCAAAGCAGAAGAAUUCUGGUAAGGAGAAAGCUAAGGAAGGUGAACCAGGAUGUUUGCAAACAAACAAGACUCUUGCAUCUCCAAGCCAAUCGCCUGAAGUAAGCGAAGUGGAGGUGGGAACAAAGGAUGACUGGACAACUCAUCUGUCACUCACAACACAAAGAAAACAAAAAUCCACCUCCAGUACAACUGCAAAGCAGACUGGUCAUCGAGUGCGUAGCAAGUCAGAACUCCCCCUGUUGGGUCAAGAGAGUGCCCUGCCACAUCAUGAUCAGAACACAUCGUGCUCUAAAGCAAUGACAGCCGAAGAGCCCUCACAGAAAUUGCCUGUGCAUUUGCUUAAACAGGAACCGACUGCAAAAGAAGACCCUAAAGGAAAAGUUGUAAGCAAGGUUCCAAAGCAUGCACAAGGCAUCCAGGGUACCAUGAGAUAUGCAGAACUUUCACAGACCUUGCAAGGCUACCACCGAUACACAACAGUCAAGAUCACCUACUGCAUACCUGAUGGCAUCCAGGGGGAAGCGGAUCCUAACCCUGGGUCACCAUUCAAAGGAGGUGUAUUUGAGGCUUAUUUGCCACUUAAUCCAGUAGGACAGGCCUUACUCCCAAAACUGGAGAAAGCUUUUAAGCAAGGGCUAUCCUUCAGAGUUUUCCCCCCAAAAAAUGGAGAGGACGGCCCAGCACGAAUAUGGUGGAAUCGAAUUAUUCCUCAUAAGACCAAGAUGGAAGGAGGGAAGAGUGGAAAUGGAUAUCCAGACUCAUCCUAUCUGUCCCUCUUAUCUGAGGCACUGAAGAUCUAUGGGAUAAAAGACUGAAAAUGCUGACUGAAACUAUGAUCCAACCAUAUUCAUCAAUAUACUGUCUAUAGUCUUUCAAGAUAGAGAUUUUUUAGAAUCAUGUGUAUAUCAAGUCAAGAAUGUAUACAUUUACAAUCAAUGUCAAGAUUUUUUAAAUUUUAUACAUAUAUAAAUUUUAUAAGUAUAUAUACUACUAGUCAAAGUUUCUUUAGAACACCCCUGUUGUUUAGUGGUCCAGUAGCAGACAAGCUGCAUGCUUCUCUCUUGUACUCACACGUCUCUUGGUGCAGCUGUGCAGCUAUAGCUGUAUCAGUUUUCUCCAGUUUAAAAGAGUCUUUUAAAGGUUGUGUAAAUGUUGAAGUAGAGAGUGCAGUUUUAAUACUGCUUUACUACAGACAAAGGCUUUGUAAAUUCUCAUUUUUAAAUAAAUUUCCAAAGCAAAGUAUAUUUACAUUGCUACUGACCAGCUUUAAGCUAUUAACCAAUGACUUGUCUUUCAUUUUUUUACAGUAUACAUUUCAUCUUGUUUUUUACAAUAUACAGUUUCCUUUCUUUACAAUAUAUUUGUUUUAGUUUUUUUUCUUCAUUUUUAUAUAUAUUUAUUUUAAUAUAUACAGUUUUUUUUUGUUUUUACUAAGAUUUCAGGUUGUUCACUAGACAUAAAGGAAAUAAAGGGCAAAAAUAAAAAGAAUCAACUAAGGGUGGAGUAAAACUUUUGACUGGUAGAGAAAAUAUAUUUUCAGUUCUGUAUUUGAAAUUAAAUGAAAAAAGUUUUAGUUUUUGUGAGUACUGUAAAUCAACAUGUGAUGUUUAAUCUGUGUGGAAUAUUUGGUAAAAAAUGGUCCAGCUAUAAAUAUUUUGUUUGUUUUAUUUUUCAUAAUU